UAAACAGGACAGUGAGAACAUGAGUGAUCCAGAAGAUACUGAAGAACAAAGAGACCUGAUGGAAGAGAGCGAGGAGAGUGAAGAACUGAGUGAUGUGGAGGAGGAACAUCAUGUCAAACCUGGAGAAAAACCCUUGAGUCGCUCAAAGACUAAAAAGACAUUUAUAAAGAAAAGAAGAGCCAAGAAAUCUACAACCUGCACUCAGUGUGGAAAGAGUUUAUCAACAAAGCAAAGUCUUGAGUAUCACAUGAGAAUCCACACCGGAGAGAAGCCAUUCACAUGUGAUCACUGUGGGAAAAGUUUCACACACAAACAAACCCUUAAAGGACACAUGAGGAUUCACACCGGAGUGAGACCAUUCACGUGUGAUCAGUGUGGAAAGAGUUUCGCACUUAAACAAACCCUUAAAGGACACAUGAGGAUCCACACUGGAGAGAAGCCGUUCAUAUGUGAUCAGUGUGAGAAGAGUUUCUCAAAUAAACAACAUCUUAGGAUUCACAUGAAAGUUCAUACUGGAGAGAAGCCGUACAUAUGUGAUCAGUGUGAGAAGAGUUUCAUGAGAAAAGAUGGUCUUGAGAGUCACAUGAAAGUUCAUACUGGAGAGAAGCCGCACACGUGUGAUCAAUGUGGAAAGAGUUUCAAACACAAACACACCCUUAGAGAACACAUGAGGAUCCACACUGGAGCAAUGCUUCUGUACGCUUGUGAUCAGUGUGGGAAGAGUUUCACACACAAAAAAUCCCUUAAUGUUCAUGUGAAUAUCCACAAAGGAGUGAGACCAUUCACAUGUGAUCAGUGUGGAAAAACAUUUCAUGGGGAUCUAGCUCUGAAGAAACACCUAAGUAUUCAUACGAAGGAGAAGCCACAUUCAUGUUCUGUAUGUGGAAAGAGAUUUUCACUGCUGGAAUAUUUACAUAAACAUCAGAAAACACACACUGGUGUGAGAGAGUACAUGUGCUUUGAGUGUGAGAAGAUUUUUUCUACAGCAAACAAUUUAAAACUGCACCAGAGAAUUCACACUGGAGAAAAACCUUACAAGUGUUCACAUUGUGACAAUAGAUUCAGUUGUUUAACAAAUCUGAAAGGACAUGAAAGGAUCCACACUGGAGAAAAGCCAUAUAAGUGUUCACACUGUGAAAAGAGAUUCAGUCGGUCAUCAUCUCUGAAAACACAUGAGAUGAUCCACACUGGAGAAAAACCUUACAAGUGUUCACACUGUGACAAGAGAUUCAAUCAGUCAGCAUCUCUGAAAGCACAUGAGAGGAUCCACACUGGAGAGAAACCUUACAAGUGUUCACACUGUGACAAGAGAUUCAGUGAAUUGGGACAUCUGAAAACACAUGAGAGGAUCCACACUGGAGAGAAACCUUACAAGUGUUCACACUGUGACAAGAGAUUCAGUGUGUCAACAGAAGUAAAAAUACAUGAGAGGAUCCACACUGGAGAAAAACCUUACAGGUGUUCACACUGUGACAAGAGAUUCAGUCAGUUAGCAAAUCUGAAAACACAUGAGAGGAUCCACACUGGAGAAAAACCUUACAAGUGUUCACACUGUGACAAGAGAUUCACUCAGUUAGAACAUUUGAAAGCACAUGAGAGGAUUCACACUGAAGAAAAACCUCACAAGUGUUCAAACUGUGACAAGAGAUUUAGUCGGUCACAACAUCUGAAAAGACAUGAGAGGAUCCACACUGGAGAAAAGCCACACACAUGUGAUCAGUGUAGGAAGAGUUUCUCUAUUAAAAGUCACCUGAAAAAACACAUGAAGAUCCAUACAGCACCAAGUACAACAUCCAGCAUUAGCAUCAGUUCUGGCAGAGGGCCUGAAAGUCCACAAACAACCUGCACACAGUGUGGAAAGAGAUUAUCAACAAAGCAAAGUCUUGAGUAUCACAUGAGAAUCCACACCGGAGAGAAGCCGUUCACAUGUGAUCAGUGUGGAAAGAGUUUCACACAAAAAGUACAUCUUGAUGUUCACAUGACAGUUCACACAGGAGAGAAGCCACACACGUGUGAUCAGUGUGGAAAGAGUUUCUCAACCAAACAACAUCUGGAGAUUCACAUGAGGAUCCACACCGGAGAGAAGCCAUUCACAUGUGAUCAAUGUGGGAAGAGUUUGUCAAUGAAAGAAAGUCUUGAGAUUCACAUGAGGAUACACACUGGAAAAAAGCUUCUGUACGCAUGUGAUCAAUGUGAUAAGAGUUUCAAGCGACCAUCACUCCUUAAAGAACACAUGAGGAUCCACACCGGAGAGAAGCCGUUCAUAUGUGAUCAAUGUGACAAAACAUUUCGUGGGGAAUCAGCUCUGAAGGAACACCUGAAAGUUCAUACGAAGGAGAAGCUAUAUUCAUGUUCUGUGUGUGGAAAGAGUUUUUCACUGCUGAGAUAUUUACAUACACAUCAGAAAACACACACUGCUGUGAGAGAGUACAUGUGCUUUGAGUGUGAGAAAAUGUUUACUACAGGGAGUGAUUUAAAACAGCACCAGAGAAUUCACACUGGAGAAAAACCUUACAAGUGUUCACACUGUGACAAGAGAUUCAAUAAGUUAGGGAAUAUGAUAAAACAUGAGAGGAUCCACACUGGAGAAAAACCUUACAUGUGUUCACACUGUGACAAGAGAUUCAGUUGUUUAUCAACUCUGAAAACACAUGAGAUGAUCCACACUGGAGAAAAACCUUACAAGUGUUCACAUUGUGACAUGAGAUUCAGUCGGUCAACAGAUCUGAAAACACAUGAGAGGAUCCACACUGGAGAAAAACCUUAUAAGUGUUCAAACUGUGAAAUGAGCUUCAGUUGUUCAUCAUCUCUGAAAGCACAUGAGAGGAUCCACACUGGAGAAAAACCUCACAAGUGUUCACACUGUGACAAGAGAUUCAGUCGGUCAACACAUCUGAAAAGACAUGAGAGGAUCCACACUGGAGAAAAACCUCACAAGUGUUCACACUGUGACAAGAGAUUCAGUGAAUCAUCAUCUCUGAAAAGACAUGAGAGGAUCCACAUCAGAGAGAAGCCGCACACGUGUGAUCAGUGUGGAAAGAGU